AUGACUUUUGCUCAGAAUGCGCACUAUGACGGCUGCAAGAAGAAGAAUGGCCACGGUUCAACAGCUCGCUCCGCCGCCUACCAUUACAUCAAUGGGAAACGUAAUCGAGCUGGACGCAAGUUUGGCCGUUCUAUGUACUACGACGAACAGUCCCCGAUGGUGAUGCCGUUCGACUCGCCAGACACUACCGACACUGUCCACAUUCCACCACCACGUCGCUAUCAAACUCCACAUGAGAAGAUUCAAUCGCUGUUCCGCUACGCUCCGCAACCCAACAACAUUGAGGAGGUACACACUGGUCGGAUUGAUGUCUCGGUUUUGUUCAAGCCAAAGUCGCCUCCAACUGUGUCACCUCCAACACCUAUCGGUAGUGAACGUGCGGCUGCAAUGGAGGCAAAGCGUCGUGUAUCGUUGGAGAUGCGUCAAGCCGUGAUGCAAAAGCUUGGACAGGAGAGUCCAAACAUGUCAUUGACUCCAAGUACACCAAACAGCGGGACUACAUGGUCUUUUGAGCUGCCAGAGAUCAAUCCCGAGUAUGACUAUGGCAUGCAUAACGACUUGACUGGAUGGGCGUGCGGCUCGGUAACUUCAUAUGCAGAUCUGAUCUCCUCGAUGAAGAAGCUCAACAUG